UGUUAUCAAGCUUGCAAAACAGGAUCGUGCAAUCAUUUUGACAACACAUUCUAUGGAAGAGGUGGAGGCCUUAUGCGAUCGAUUAGGAGUAUUUGUAAAUGGUAACUUGCAGUGCAUCGGAAAUCCAAAGGAGCUAAAAGCCAGAUAUGGAGGAACUUCUGUGUUGACAAUGACAACAUCUUCGGAUCGCGAGAAGAAUGUAGAGAACAUGGUACGACAGCUCUCUCCAAAUGCCAACAAGAUAUACCGUCUUUCUGGAACUCAGAAAAAGAGAUGGUCGAGACCAACAAAAGUUUAACCUUUCUGAUGCAACAUUUAGGAUUUGUUGGAUCUUCUUCUCGUCCAAGUUCAUCACCACAACCCAAC